UCCUCUCUGUCGCCGGCAUCCCCUUCUCCUCCAUCGACGGUGACGACCUCCCUAGCGACCCACUCCUCCAUCGACAGCGACGGUGACGGCCUCCUAAGGUAUGAAUCCACCGACUCCUUCUUGUUCCUCUUCCUAUUGAUUAGAUUAGGGUUCCAUGGCGCAUGCUGGUUAGGGUUCCUCUUCCUAUUGAUCCGCCGAAGCAGAUCCACGAGAUCAAGAGGAGGCCUGCACCCUCUGCGACCAUGACACCCUCUGCAGUCGCCGUCCCCCAGAGAAGUGAGAUGGCUGGCUUGGAAGGUUUCGAGUUCUUCGAGAUCGUAAUUGAGAAAUCUUGCAGUAGGCAGAGGCUGCCUGACAAGUUUGCGAAGAUCCUCGCCGGCCGUGAGCCCCACAAAGUGAAGCUGCAGGAGGCCGGCAACGGGCUUCACAGGCUGUGGGACGUGUUGGUGGUGUUCGAUGGUGAAGGCCACAUGUACCUAGGGCCCGGCUAGGAGCAUUUCACCCGGGCCCAUGAGCUACAGCUCGGGUACUUCCUUGUCUUCUGCUAUGACGGCGACACCAUGUUCACCGUGAAGAUGUUCGACAACACCAUGUGCCGCAUGUACUACCAGCACGACGACGAUGCUAGCAAUGGGAGCAGCAGCGGGGAUGAUGAGGAGCAGAGCGGGGAUGACGAGGAGCAGCCUAUUCUUUCUGACAACGACCAUGCUAUGAUGGUGGCUGACGACGACCCUGCUAUGGUGGUGGCGGAUGACGACCUUUCUAUGGUGGUGGCGGACGAUGAUCUUGCUAUGGUGGUGGCGGACGACGACCUUGCUAUGGUGGUGGCGGACGACGACCUCGCGAUGGUGGUGGCUCCUGCAAUCCCACAGCUUGGCGACAGGACCAUGCCAAUUGUGGUAGAGGAGUACAUCCGUGUUGGGAUUCGCCACUCUGAGCGCAUCAGGUUGAUGAAGGAGAAGAAGGAGGAGUGAAGAUGUUAAGAAA